GGUGCUUAUGGACUUUCCUCAAUUGACAAUGACGCUGCCUGAUGGCCGUGAGGAGUCUGUCAUGAAGCGUACUACACUGGUGGCCAAUACUUCAAACAUGCCAGUGGCUGCUCGCGAGGCUUCAAUUUAUACAGGAAUCACUAUUGCUGAAUAUUUCAGAGAUAUGGGCUACAAUGUCAGUAUGAUGGCAGAUUCAACAUCUCGUUGGGCAGAAGCAUUACGUGAAAUUUCAGGUCGACUGGCAGAGAUGCCUGCUGACAGUGGAUAUCCUGCAUACUUGGCAGCACGUUUGGCAUCCUUCUAUGAACGUGCUGGUAAAGUUAAAUGUCUUGGUGGGCCAGAAAGAACUGGCAGCGUCACCAUUGUUGGUGCUGUUUCACCUCCAGGAGGAGAUUUCUCUGAUCCUGUUACAUCUGCAACACUCAGUAUUGUCCAGGUUUUCUGGGGUCUGGACAAAAAACUGGCACAGAGGAAGCAUUUCCCUUCCGUAAACUGGCUCAUUUCCUACUCUAAGUACUCAGGGGCACUGGAAUCCUUUUAUGAGAAAUUCGAUCCAGAUUUUAUUGAUAUCAGGACAAAAGCUCGUGAAGUGCUGCAAAGAGAGGAUGAUUUGAAUGAAAUUGUGCAGCUAGUUGGAAAGGAUGCUUUAGCUGAAACCGAUAAGAUUACCCUGGAAACUGCAAAGCUCUUGAGGGAGGACUAUCUUGCACAGAACGCAUUUACACCUUAUGAUAAAUUCUGCCCUUUCUACAAGUCUGUUUGGAUGAUGCGCAACAUCAUUCAUUUCUGCAAUUUGGCUAAUCAGGCAGUGGAACGAGGAGCUGGUAUGGAUGGCCAGAAGAUCACCUACGCUCUUAUCAAGCAUCGUUUGGGAGAUCUAUUCUACCGUUUAGUGUCUCAAAAGUUCGAGGAUCCUGCAGAAGGAGAGGAAGCCCUGGUUGCGAAAUUCAAGAAACUUCACGAGGAUUUGACAUCUGGUUUCCGCAACCUCGAUGAUGAAACUCGGUAAUCGAUGCAUAGGUACUAAACAAAUUCAUGCCAAAUCAGCUUUGUCGUCUGCUUUCGUGCUGGUGGGAAAACUAACUUAUUGUGAAAUUCUUAAUCUGUUUAGGAAGCACGAUGAGUUAAGUUGGUUUCAGGGUUUUGUGUUUGCCCGGGUUCAAUGUGGUGUAGCUCUGCUGUUUUUCGGUUGAUAAUAAGAUGCAUUGUUUAUAUUGGUUUUUUUGUAGUUCUAAGUCGAAUAAAUAGUAGCCUUGUGGGUUCAGAGAUGGAAUGUACUGUUUACGAAGACCAAUAUUAAG